UUCAAGAAACACGCAAUAUAAUGAGUAAAAAAUAUGGAUUCUCCCACUCAUGAGUUUUGUUUCCGCUCCAAUGUCCACCAGUGUCUUUUAUUCAAGUUACCCUCUUACUGAUAUCGAUUCGACAAACAGAAAAACUAUACAAGGAAGGUCUUAGUGAGUGGGGUUUAUGUAAAUACAUGCUGAUAUCUACCGCAAUAUGGUAUUGAAACAUGAAAAAUGUAUGCGGGAUAAGGGGAAAGGUGUCGUGUAUAUGUUUAGUGGGUGUAAAGGUUAGUAUGGCUGAGAUACGGAGGAAGAUUAGGAGAGCUAAGAUUAAGAUUAAGAUUGGGAAGAGUGAGGGGUUCGGUAUGUUUUGAUAUAUCCUGUUGCAAUUUUUACUCUUGAUUUGGAAAUACUUACAGUGGUUGUAGAUUCCUUAUCUCCUCUUAAUCUCGAGUAUAUCACUACGGAAGCUGAAAGUGAGGAUUCUUCACAAGAUGGCAUUACUGCUGUUAACUCUUCGUCGUCCAACGCAAGUGUUCAUUCAGAUGAUAGUAUCUGUCCUCUUGAUGAUGAUUUAUCUUCCGAAGAAACCCAGGGUCAGAUUAUUUGGAACACACCAGAGCGAUAUAAUACCACUCCAAUCCCAAGUCUUGAACCCCAAACAUGGAAUAACAAAUCAUCACAAGAAAUCCUAGAGAUCUACCAAGGAAUAGACAUCUGGCACCAAACACGAAAUUCAGACCCAUCUCUUGAAUUUCUUGGAACUCGAAACGCCUCCGUCAAAUUCCACGAAGCGUUAUUCGGAUUCAAUUAUCUAAAUUCACCCAAUGAUUUAAAAACAAGAGGAGCAGCCUACCACAUUGCGGAACGCUAUGCUCAUCUCGGUCAGAAAGAGCAUUUUAUCGCUGUUCUUGACUGGCUGGGUAGGGAAUUAGUAAGGUGUGGAAAUAGGGCUAAUGAGACGAAUGCGCAUGUGGUUCGAGUUAUAGAUCUUUUUCAUGUGUGUGGUACGCCGAAAGAAGCGGUUGUGUUGUUAUAUACAAGUUUGGCGGAAUAGCGAGAUCUUCUUUUUUGAUAUCUCUGUUUUGCAGAUCUAUUUAUCUGUCAGGAUAUAUUUGGAGUAUAUU